AUGUUAUGUUAUCAUUUAUCUACAGAACCUAUAAAUAAUUUAUAUUUACUUGUUAAUAAUAUAGAUUUUAUUAUUUCAACUUUUUUAAAACAAAGAGAAUAUCUUAUGCCUUUUUGGAUUCAAAUUUGUAUAAUAAUAUUGUUAAUUUUAUUAUCAGGACUAUUUUCUGGCUUAAAUUUAGGAUUAAUGACAUUGACAUUACAAGAAUUAGAAUUAAUUUGUAAAUCAGGUUCAAAAACAGAAAAAAAAUAUGCUGAGGCAAUUAUACCAAUUAGAAAAAGUGGUAAUCUUUUAUUAUGUUCUCUUCUUAUAGGAAAUGUAUGUGUUAAUUCUGCAAUAUCUAUUUUAAUGGAUGAUUUAACAUCAGGAAUUGUUGCUUUAAUAGCAUCAUCAGCUGGUAUUGUUGUAUUUGGUGAAAUAUUUCCUCAAUCACUUUGUGUUAAAAAAGGUCUUGCUGUUGGAGCAAGAACAAUAUGGAUAACAAGAUUUUUUAUGAUGUUAACAUUUCCAUUAGCUUAUCCAAUUUCAAAAGUUCUUGAUUUUAUAUUAGAUGAUGAAGUAGUAUCAUAUGAUAGAAAAAAACUUAUAGAAUUAAUAAAAAUGACAACAAAAUAUAAAGGUACAUUAUCAGAAGAAUUAAAAAUUGCUGUUGGAGCUAUGGAAAUAGCUGAUAAAACUGUUAAAGAUGUUAUGACAAAAAUUGAAGAUGUUUAUAUGUUACCUGAAACAACUAUUCUUAAUCCAAAUACAGUUACAGAAAUUGUUAAUACAGGAUAUACAAGAAUACCAAUAUAUGCAAAUAAUAAUAAAAAUAAUGUUGUAUCAUUAUUAUUUAUUAAAGAUCUUGCUUUAGUAGGUCCUGAUGAAAAUUUUACAAUUAAAACUGUAUGUAAACAUAUUGAACACAUCCUUCGUUUUGUAUUUGAAGAUACACCAUUAAAAAUAAUGUUAGAAGAAUUUAAAAAAGGUGAUUAUCAUUUAGCUAUGAUAAAAAAAAGAAUAAUAAAUGAAAAAGAAAUGGUACUUUGUGGUUUGGUAACACUUGAAGAUAUUGUUGAAGAAAUAUUAAUGGCAGAAAUUAUUGAUGAAACAGAUGUAGUUAUGGAUAAUGUUUAUAAAAUAAAGAGAACAAGAAAAAAUAAAAAUUAUUUAUCUAAAUCUUUCCAAAAAAAUAAUAAUAAAAAAAAUGAAGAUUUUGAAAGUAAAACUUCUAUCAUAAAAACAACAAAAAAUAUUUUUAAUUAA